AUGAGCGCCUCAUUGUGUGUCACGACGGCCACGGGCCAGCGCGUUAGCAUUCUCAGCGACACACCUUGGGACGACCCGCGUCCUGUGGUUCCGCCCAUUUCUUCCAUGCCCUCUGUAACCUCAGCGGUGCCCGUGAGCGUGUCCGCCGACAUGCCCAAGCCCACGACGAUUUACCGGUCGCGCAUUCCUCUUGGGCUUCUGACAGACCCAAUGCCCCCACUCACCCCCAUUAUGCCCGCGUCCUCCCCCACACCCCCGACGACCCCACCAGCGGGGGAGUGUGCGGGGGGCCCGGUGCGCAAGCGCCAGCGGUCUGCUGUGCGGAAUACGACCAAGGGCAAGAAGACGUACCAGUGCCAUUGCGGCAAGACGUUUACGACCUCGGGCCACCUCGCCCGGCACAAUCGCAUCCACAUGGGCGAGAAGAACUACGAGUGCCGGAUCUGCCAUUCCCGGUUUAGUCGCCGCGACAACUGCUCCCAACACACCCGUACGCAUUUUAAGAACCAGAAGCCCAACUCGGUUCUUAUCUCCUCCUUCGCUCCCAUCUACCUCAAGUCGCCGUCGAACACGUCGCCCUUCCGCGACACGGUUUCCUCUCCCCGGUCCUGCAGCAGUUCUCCCAACAGCAUUUCAUCCCUAUUGUCCUCCUAA